UAGUGCCGCCGGGUUAUACUCAAGGCACGCCACCACUAGAUAGCCUGAGUCAAUGCCUUAACGAAUCAAUGACAAACAAGACAGAAUUAUCCUAUGACGGCCCGUGCUAUAAUACAUGUGUAACUGUGAAUGGACCUGAGGUUGGUGCCAGAGUCAUUAGUACGAUGUAGAUGUAUGAUAAAGUGCCCAGCUUCCCUGGUGACGUUCCGGUUGAGCGGUUUGCACGUCCGACACUGCUAGUUAAUGGUAAGUCCAUGUCUACCUGUGCGUUAUCAUCAGUGAAGUGCCACAGCCAAAUCAAAUCACUUUAUUGGUUUUUCAUCAACUCGUUACUCCAUAAAGUGACCCUUGGUCUACUAACGCCCGGAUGUGGUACAAGCACCUGCCGUGCUCACUUAUACAGGAGGGAGGACGAUCACGAACCUGGGUAUUAUUACACGUUCUGAGUAAACGACGAAUCAUAACGAAGGUCUGAAAGACAAUGCUGUGUGCUGAUUAGCCGAUAAUAUUCGCUACCGAAGAUGGUAAACUCUAGCAAUACCACAGAGACUGGAUAUUCUCUUACGCUGGUGACGAGGGAUUCCUGAAGUGAAACAAUGGAUUAAUAAAAUUCAGCUAUAAUCUGCCAGAUAUCUUAUCAAGCCAUUAUACUUUCCGAGCUAAAGUUAUCGGGAUUCUCUUAAGCUGGACUUAUUGGGGUAUACUCCUGAUGUUGUAAACACUCCUUGGUGACAACGACAUUUAUACAGAGAGCUUACGUAAUGGUCCAUUAUACAUCUAUUAACGAACUGGAAAAACAUUCUGACAGGUAUACUCGAGUACUCAGACAAAAUGGGUACGGAAACCACAAGGUACGGAAAUCACAAGGCUACUCAGAAUGUGACCAGCACUAGUAAUUAGUGUCUACAUCACGAAUUUGUUUUACAUAAACUCGCGUGAAAGCAAGCCUACUGAUCUGGACUUAAUGGUCAUGCUUCGUAUGAACAUAGACAACACAUGCCAACCACGGGAUGUGGCAUUAAAGGAGAUUUGGGACCAAUGGGUGAGGGGUUCGGGCCCCAGUGAGUAAAUAGUGAGCGUUAUCUUGUCCUUACAAACAAGCCUUUAAUUCACAGAAAUCAUUCAUUGCGAGAUGCUGCAUUGAUUUUCUGGGGAAAUAGCAAACCUUUUGGGACAGUUGUGCUUCCCUAGCCUGCAUAGAUCUGUAAUUGACAAAAAAGGCGUUAGCCAGUCAGGGAGGCGCAAGCAGCAGCUGGACAUACUUGCGAACCACUGCAACUCGUGCACAGCCACUCCGGCACGGAAACUUACGGAAGUUGAGAUACCCUAAAAGUGUGACCAACAUGUGGUAAAGAGUAUUUCUCCCUAUAUGCGUCCUGCGUAGUAUUAUGUUCCCGAAGUGGUUUAUAUAUUAUCAGUAGACACAAAAUGGUGGCAGAAAUAACAAACCAAAGAAUUGUUUCUGCGGAACAUGACGCUGGAAAUAGGCUGUGACCAGGACAAAUAGCUGGUAACCUCGAGCCCCACACUAGAAACCCGGUCCCAAGCGACGCUCUGUACUCAUACAUUUUGAGGCGACGCCACGGCUCCACGAGGGGACUUUGUGGUAACGCCCUUGUCCCACGGGGUUUAACAUGGGAAGGGUUGCUGGCUCUUCUAACUAGUGAUGCAAAUGGAUACUUCUCCAACUGAGCAAAGACCGAUCAAGCAGUCGUUCUUCGGUUCCCUGCGACGUGACGCUCACUGGAAAUGCCUAAUUCUCACCGUUCUGAUAUGCGGUUGCCUUGGCGCCAUCGCGUGGUGUCGUGUGGCUAUAAUCACGACUGUCGUCGUUAGUUACUACGGCCCACGCCGGUCAGACAAGACCAUCACACAGUCGAGCCCGUGUGAAGACGGAUAUAUCUACAUACCUGUGGCAUUUGUCAUCAUGUUGUACCUGGUCUACUUGGUGGAAUGCUGGCACAGCCACACGCGUAUCGAGCUGCACCACAAGGUGGAUGUGGGCACCGUGUACGAAAAGAUCAACAACAUGCAGAAUGCAAUCCCCAUCCUGUGGUGGAAGGCACUCUGCUACCACUAUGUCAGAAAAACCCGUCACGUGACCAGAUACAGGAAUGGUGACUCUUUCACAACAACACAAGUGUACUACGAGCGCAUCAAUUCGCACACCGCAGGCUCCGCCUUUAACUUUUCUCAGUGUGGCAUCAAAGAUAUGUCGUCAUCAAUGCAUGGUCUAGAAGACUAUCCCGCCACUAAGAUCAAGUUUAGUAAGGGAUUUUCGUUCGCUUCUGUUGACGCCGAAUGUGAAUUUGAUGAGCAGAGGAGUCGCUUCUUUCGUGAAAACGAGAGAAGGGAUGACUACAUGGAAACCAGAGAAGGAAUGGAUCUUCUGAAUGUGAACUUUAAGGAAUAUAUGAUAACGUUUGCUGAUCCUAAUAAUCUGCCUUGGUAUGUGUCCCAUGUUAUAUUUUGGAUUGCGUCUAGUUUGCUUAUGUCAUGGCCAUUGAGAGUCAUCAUCGAAUUUAAGACUGCAUAUGUCCACUAUCACGUUCACAAAGUGUUUGGAACUAAUUACGUGGAGUGUGAGCCACCGGACCCUAUAGCGCAAUUAACUAGAGUAAAUACAAUGACUAGCACCGAACUGGAGUUAACUAUUCAGAACAAUUAUGCACUAGUGCCCAGUUAUUCCGAGGCACUCUUAAUGGCCUCCAAUGUGACUUACGAAGUUCCUGAUGCAAACGGAAACGUCACCACCUCGCCCAUAUAUGGUGCUAAGCGGAGCGUGACGUAUGGGUCGCUGUCGUCUGCUACCAAACAGGAUGCCUUGCAAAGACUGCCGCCUGGCCCAAUAUCUCCGUCACUCAGACGUUGUCAUAGUUACACAAUAGUGAAUGGGGGUCUUGUUAUUCAAAAUGAUAUGCAAAUCGAUCUCAGUUUUCCUAGCCGUCCUAGAAGAAAAUCGCGCCGAUACAUAGGUCCUUGGAGACGGGAGGAUACACCUAGCAACCCCGUUAGUUCCCCGUCAUCCCCACAGGAGUGUAUGGUGGCCAUUAAUACACAGACAUCUACCGUUCGUGUUCUGGGCCUUAACAGGUCGCCAAGGACAAAGUCCAAAAAUAACCCAGAGACAAGCACAGUGCGAUCGCUUAAUUUGGAAAGACGAACUUGUGCUUUACCCCUUAGGUCGCCUAGUGCACAGUCAAUGGGUCCCUCAAUGGUCCGUUCCGCGCGGUCCGGGCUUUCGGAGGAUUCUCUCCCUUGUUAUGAUGAUGCCUUGUCGAUGGACACGCCUUUAUUUGAGAAUGAAAACGACAGUCCAUUUAGCUCAAGACUUACUCGUACAGAGAGUGAUAGACAGCCUAGCACUUCUCAGCAAUGUAGGACCAUAAUGGAGACUUCUCUCUAGCCAUCGUGUGUCGAGCGUGUGUGUGUUGUAUCAGUAUAUCUAACAUAGUAAACUUUCAUAUGCGGAUGCAGAAUUUAUAUAUAUUAAAUCAUACCGAUUUUUAACAAAGGAGUUUGUCAUGCUGGAUAUGUCUUCAGGGGUUUUAAUGUUCGUGUUUGUUGUUAUAUGUGGUGUGUGUUAGUUGAGUAAGAUUACCAACAGUACAUCAGUACUUGUACAAUACGUAAAGCAGCAAUGACAUAGACGGUAACCCGGAGCCGAGCCACGAUAUAAGUCGGAACGACUGGUAUUAAAGAUAAUACGGACAGAUCACUCCGGUAUUACAGUCAGUUAGAACAACUAAGUAAUGAGAGAAGUGAUCGCUAUCCCCAAUGUUUUCUUUUAUAAAAUCAAUAAAGGGUUUAGCACGGGAUUCGGUCGGUCCAUUUUUAUUAGGCUUAGCGAAAUGUUGAAGUAUUUUAUAUAUCGCUAGAGCGUUUAUUAGAUUCUGAAGACAUCUAUUAACGACGAAAAUAAUUGCAUAACAUCUUAUCAGCCGUCUACUUAAAGAAAUAUCUUUCCUGAUGACAUUCGGUUUCUGGAUGACUCUAAAAAGAAAAAAAGAAAAAUACGUGAAAUAAAUCAACGUGCUUGAUUAGGCAUACUCAAAAAAAUUAACAACAAUAGGCGUGCUCGUGCUUUUACUUCUUUACAAGGUACAACAAGUAAAAAUUGGUCGUUAAUUGGCGAUGUAAACGGUAAUUUGAAUGAUUUAAAUAUCAGCAAGUAAACAACAGAACCUUAAAAUAGUAAUUAAGUAGUUGAUGCAUUUUAACCAAAUUGAUAGGUAUAAGAUAAAAUAAAGAUAAAAAUAAAGUUGAAGGACUUGUCUUUGAUGCUAGGAGACAGGACUAGGACAGAAAACCCAAAAGUAAAAUAGGGUAAAUCACCACGAUAAUCUGUGAUGCUAGGAGGCAAGGGAUGGACACCCAAAGGGCAAUCAACACGAUCGUCUGUGAGGCUAGGAGGCAAGGGAUGGACACCCAAAGGGCAAUCAAUACGGUCGUCUGUGAGGCUAGGAGGCAAGGGAUGGACACCCAAAGGGCAAUCAACACGAUCGUCUGUGAGGCUAGGAGGCAAGGGAUGGACACCUAAAGGGUAAUCAACACGGUCGUCUGUGAGGCUAGGAGGCAAGGGAUGGACACCCUAAGGGCAAUCAACACGAUUGUCUGUGAGGCUAAGAGGCAAGGGAUGGACACCCUAAGGGCAAUCAACACGAUCGUCUGUGAUGCUAGGAGGCAAGGAUCGACAUCCAAAAGACAAUCAACACGAUUAUCUGUGAUGCUAGGAGGCAAGGAAUUUUCAUUUUCUUUCUCUUUUGUGACUAAUCCUACCUCAAUUUCUGUAACAUGUAACUCGUGUGGUUAUUUUAUGGAAGGGUUAUAAUAAGUUCAAGGAAUUGUGUAUGUCAAAGGCAAUUUAUAGUUAGUCUACACUUACGAGCUCUUCAAAGAAGGAAGUAAAAUAUACUUCUGAUUUGCCGAAUGGUAGGAACAAG